AUGUUUAUAGCAAGCUACUUCGAUAGGAGGGACAGACUGCACGAGAAGAAGGAGAUCAAAGUAGACAAUGAGGAAGGGAAAAGGAACAAAAUAGAAAAGAUUUUAAAAGGCGUCCUAGAUUCAUAUAAGGGAAAAAAGGAAACAACUCACAAAAGGGACCAAAAGGAGGAUAUAAAAAAAAUUCUGUCAGAAUUCCUAAAGAGGAAGUUAAAAAAAACAAAAAGGAGGAAUAUCACUAAAGGGAUUUCCCCAGAUUAUUAUCAAAAUAGUAGUAGCUACCGUCCUGACGAAGCGAAUUCAAACUGUGGAAAAGAAGAUUCGAGUGACGAAUUCACAAGUGAUAGCGAAAUAGAGCCCACGAUAAAGGAAAAUAAAAAUUUAAAACAUUGCGCAGAAAAGAUAAAGCUAUUAAGUACUGUCUUAAAACAUGACAAAUUAAAAGAUAUAGACAUACAGGAGAUCUAUAGAACAAUCGAUACGUACAUUGGUGAGAGUCAACGCGAAAUUAAGCAGAUAAACGGAAAAUUGGAGAAGAAUGCAGAGAAGGAAUUAAGGAUAAGGAAAGAGAAUCUCUCCAAGCUGUGCUCAAUUAAAACGGAGUUGGCAAAAAAUAAAAUUUUACAAACAGAAACGGAAGGAAGUUCUAAUGCAAUUGAACAUAUGAUAAGCGAAAUGAAGAUAAUACAGAAAUUGGCUAAGCAGAAGGAGUACAUUGUAAUGUUAAAAAAUAGCUUAAUGAGACUUGACUACGCAAAGAAAUGUGCAGUCAUUAGAAAUUACGACGAAACGUUGAGUAUCAUUUUGGACAUUACCAGGAAGUUUCACUUAUUUAAAAAAAAUGGAAAAGAACAAAUUGCUAAGGGGAUUCAAUUUUUUCUGCCCAUACUAACAGAAUAUUACAUGAGUAGAGCCCAGUUCUUACUCUCUAGCAUUUCGUGGGGUAAUAACAUUUCCAACGUUUUGACCAACACGCUGGAGCAGCUCCUAAACGAUUUUGCUGAUGGUGAUGAUGAGUACUCGUUUAACGCUGAAGACGAGUUCCCAUUCAACACGGAGAAGCAACCGCCGCCAGGUGGAUCCCCCAACGUGUAUACCACUGAAAGGAAUGGCAAUAACACCGCUUUAUGGAUUAACAACAGUGGAGACAAAUCCAAAUCUCUCCAGGAAAAAAUUAAAAGCGUCGUCAUCUUCGACAGAGCGUACAUUUCGCUUCUCCAAAAGGAAAGCCACGAAUUUGUGCACACACUAAUUAGCUGGAACUUGACGGAAAAAAUUGACGACUAUUUAAAGGACGAAAAAAGCAGGGGAAAUAAUUUUUCUCAUCAUAGGUGUGACUGCCCCAUGAAAUUUAUCGAUCAAAUGGCCAGCUCCAUAAUCACAUUUUUUAGAUCCUUCUUCCAAAAUGAGAAAAGCCCCCUUUUCAAAAUUGACAAACCGGAGUGGGGACUAAAGUACCUCUUCUACCAGUGCGUGAUUAGCAACGCAAUAUUGAAGAUGUUCCUCAGGUUUGUUCAUGAGGGGGAUUUUAAGAGUAGCGUGGUGCUGGGACAGGCGUUGCACGACACUCUCGUUUGCAGUGGUAAGGGUGCCCAUGAAAGUAGCUUCAAAACAAGCCAUGAGAAUACCGAUAUAUACUGUGAGAAACGCACUAGUGGAGACCCCCCCAUGGCCCAGGGGCAAGGCCUCCCAGAGGGUGUCCCUGCCCCAUCAGGAGGCGUCUACUUCACCUCUGAGGACAGACAGCACGAUGAAGACAAGACAUACAUAAAAAGCCUUUACAGCACGUACAGCAUGAUGAGCAGCGAGCAGAAGGAGCGCAUCCUGUACAACAUAACGAACUGCGAACAAGUGAUAAGGAAGCUAAAUUUUAAAAUAAUCACUGAGUGCAGAUUGUACAUACUGAGCAGAUGUGCCUACUUCAUCCAGCUGUACCAUGUGGAAGAAAAUAAGAGUGAAAUAAAAAAGGCAUUUUUAAAUUUCAUACACCAGGUUCUCAUGCUGUAUAAUAAAUGGAUGCUCUAUGACGGGAUCAACUGCAAGCAUCUGCUGGACGACUUUCUGAACAACACUUUUGUGCGCGUGUUAGAUGUGGAAAGGUUCACACCCAGCGAGGAGAAGACAGAGAGCAGCAGCAGCAGCCACGACGCGGAUGCGGGUGUACUUCCAAGUGCAGCUACGGGUGUAGCUACCGGUACAGGUGGGUACGAAUCGAACGAGCGCAGCAUACAGGAACUGCUCAAAUCAAGGAUGGACGGGCCAAGCGAGGUGAAAGGGGUCUACAUGAGAAACUUCUUCCUAGUCAUCGAAAAGGAAUUCCUCGUUGAUAUUUUGAAAGACAUUGCCGCCAAUAACUGUUGUGUGCAGUUGAAGAACAAAAUCAUUUUGGAGGAGGCCGACUGCGUCAGCGAGUAUGUCCACAUUUUUACAGAGUUGCUCAAGAAGGUCACGAGGAGAAUGGCUCUGUUUCAUCAUGCCGAGGGGGGAGGAGGUGAAACCCACGAGGGAGGAAGGACCUACGAUGGAAGAAGUACCUACGAGGGAGGAAGGACCUACGAUGGAAGAAGCACCUACGAUGGAAGAAGCAACUACGAGGCAAGUUACAAUCCCCGCCGCGACCGCUUCCUGGAAGAGUACCUCCACCAGGUGGUGAAGGAGCUACUUGUCAUUGUCAAGGACGAAUUUAGGUACCACUGGAACAGCAUAAACGAUCUGAUAGGCGAAUGCAGCAAGACGUGUCUGCUCUAUGUAUCCUUCUGCUCUAUCAACAAGUUCCUUACUAUUUUCCAAUACAAGAAAUAUUUGAAAGAAACAAUUUCGAGCUUCAAUCAACUGGAAAAGAAAAUGAUGAGUAACUUCCUAGAUGCAUUUUACCAUUUCAUUUCUAUCAGAAUAUAUAAUUUAUUCUCAACGAAUAAUAUUUUUCAUGAGUACAUCCUGAGUAAUCUUUUUAAGAUGAAAAAAUGCCUCCCAGAUGAUCUCUUCCAAAAUCUGUGCAGCAGGAUAUUGCAUAAAUUAGACUCCAAAAUUUUAACUUUCCUGAUGAACCAAAGCAGUACGUAUUUACACAACGAAUGUACAUUCAAUACCUUUAUUAAUAACGCUACCCUCAUUCUGCAUCAGCUGGACGAGCUUCAUAUGAAGGAGGGCGAUGGUGGUGGCGGCGCUAGUAGUACUAGUAGUAGCAGUAGGGUGGGGGGGGGUACUUGUCCCAUGCCACGUUUAAAAGAAAUUAUCAACCUGAUGACAGAUGAUGUAGAGAUUUUGAAGAGAAGAAUUCACCAACUUAAAAGUAACUAUACUUUGUUUCUAAAUGAUCAAAAUAAGAAUUGGCUAGUUCAGGUCACCAAAAUUACCAAUGUGCUUUUACGAGAUGAUGAUGAAGAGGAUUCCAGUGAUGAGUACUCGCCGUCUCGUUCCCAUAAUGGGAAGGACGAUGCAAAUAAGGCUUCCCAAAUUUCUCUGAAAAAAAUCAAAGUUCUCCUUUUGAGGAGGCCGGACAUUAGGCAGAUCGCGGAGAAAUCCAUCGUCAUUCAGGAGUUCAUUCAGGUGUAG